CUGAUUUAAAGUUGUUAUCUUGUUUAAUAUUUUAUUAUGUACAGAAUAAAAUAAACAUAGAUUUACAUCUUUAUUAAAUGAAAAUAAACAAUUGAAUGAAUAAAGCAUAUUUCUCAGUUAAUAAUAUAUAAUUUUGAAUAGAAAUUAUAAAUGUCUUCAUUUUCUUCUUAUUUGUAAAUUGGUUGUUUUACUUUCAUGGAUAUUAUAAUCUAGGCUAUAUAUUGAACAGGUUGAAUGAUGCUCCAUAAUAUAACUCAAUUAACAACAAUGAUAACAACUAUAGCAUCAACAAUAACCACAAACAAUCUAUCAACUUCAUCAAUAAAUGAAGUGAAUCAAUCUAUGAUAACAAGAUCAUUAGUAACAACUACCAAUAUUAUGCCAAUAAUCAAUGCAAAAUGUAAACCUAUUGAAUCAUUAGAAUUAUUUGGACGUGUUUACGGUGAUAUGCAUGGAUAUAUUACAUUAUUUCUAUGUCCUAUAUGUGUAUUAUCCAAUAUUUGUAUUGUAAUUGUACUUAAUCAACGUGAUAUGAUAUCACCAACAAAUUUUCUAUUAACAUCAUUGGCAAUAAGUGAUGGUUUAUUGAUGAUUUUUUAUAUACCAUUUACAAGUUAUUUCUUAAUUGGUCGUCAUACACGUAAUUCAACUUAUAAUUGGGCUGUUUAUCUUCUAUUUCAUAUUAGUUUACAAAAUUUUCUUCAUUUAACUUCAAGUUAUAUUGUUGUUGUUAUAGCUGUAUUUCGAGUUCUAUAUGUAAAAUUUAUAGUACAGUGUCAAAUUUUAUGCAGUAUGCAAAGAGCUAAACUAUCUAUUACAAUAGUACUUGUAAUUAGUAGUAUAUUAUCUAUUCCAUGUAUUAUGAAUCAUCAUAUUGUACAAAACAAUAAUGAACAUAAAAUGAAUAGUUACAUGGUUACUUAUGUAGAUAAUGAAGUUAUGUUGAAUUAUCUUUAUUGGAAUACAGCAAUAUUUUUAAAACUUCUUCCAUUAUUAUGUUUAUGUGUACUUAGCUUUUUAAUUAUAUUUACAAUACGUAGACAAAAUUCACGUAUGAGAAAAAUGAAAACAAAAUCAAUCAUUUGUGUUGAUCCUAUUAUUGAUACAUCUAGUUCACAUAAUCCUACUAGUUCAAAUUCAAUAAUCAUUGAUAAUAAUGAAUUAGAUAAAAAUAAAAAUCAAUUUAUUAAUCAUAAUAUAAAAGAAAAUAUUAAAUUUCAAUCCAUUCAUAUAACUAAUACUUUACCAUAUACAACUAGUUCAAUGUAUAAAAGUGCUAAUUUAUUAAAAAAACGUAAUACAUUUGAAAAUGAACGUGAAAAAGCAGAAAAUCGAAUGACAAAAUUUUUAUUAGCUAUUGUUUUCAUAUUUAUGAUUACAUUACUUCCUCAGGCAAUAUUACUAUUUUUAAGUGGACUUGUUGGUGAUUGUUUCACAGAUACUGUGUAUAAUGCAUUGGGUGAUUUUAUGGAUCUAUUGACAAUUGUUAAUAAUGGUAUUAAUUUUAUAUUGUAUUGUUCAAUGUCACAUCAAUUUCGUACAACUUUCAUACAAUUCUGUACACGAAUAUUUAAAAUAUGUAAGAAGACCUAAUGCCCAAUAUUGAUAAAUCUUUGUUUUUCGCUUAUUCUUUUCAUUAUUUUAAACGCAUUUUCCAACAUCUCAAUCGUGUACUUUUUCAUACACUUCACAUUUCCAUAGUGAGAUAUGUAUGUACAGGUAUAUACCCUGUUAAAUACAGUAAAACAAUAAUGAAAUAAAAAUACAUAUGAAACUAGAGGAAAAGAAUUGUAAAUGUGAUAUGUAGCUAGAACAAAUAGAAAUUCAGUUUUCUUCACGAGAUGUGAUUAUAUCUUAGUUAUUGUAUAUUUAUUGUUUACAAUGAAAUCAUAAUUAUGUUUGGUAAUUCAUUGUUAUUAUAAAAGAAAUACUCAAUACAA